AUGCCGCCAGGCCCACGUGGAUUUCCGCUCUUAGGCAACGCGCUACAUAUACCAGCGAUCAACCCUUGGCUGACAUUCAUGGAGUGGGGCAAACAAUACGGCAGUGACAUCAUACAUCUCACCGCCCCAGGAGCUCGAAUCAUUGUGGUGAACUCCAUUGACGUAGCUGUUGAUCUAUUCGAUAAGCGAUCGACUGUAUACUCUGAUAGGCCGUAUCUCCCUAUGUUGUGCGAGCUGGUGGGCCUCGCAAAUUGGAACAUCGGCUUUAUGUCAUACGGAGAUCAUUGGAGAAAUAUACGGAGAAUGUUCCACCGAUACCUCGGUCCUCAAGAGGCGAAAAUGUUGCGCCCAACGACUAUUCGUCACACAAAUAACCUACUUAACAAGUUGUUGUCCCAACCAGAGAAGUUCUUGGACCAUGUGCGGACAGUGCCUGGAGAAAUGAUCCUGGAGGUGGCAUACGGCAUCAAAGUCACGGGCGCGGACGAUCCUUGGCUCCGACUUGCGGAAGAGGGGAACGAUUCCGCUAUUGCCGCAGCAACGCCAGGGCGGUUCUUGGUUGACCUGCUUCCCUUUCUGAAAUGGGUUCCUGCCUGGGUUCCUGGCGCUGGAUUCAAGCGUCUCGCUAUGGAGUGGAGACAGCUCAAUACAGAUAUGUACACGCUACCGUACGAGAUGCUGGAGGGAUCGGCAACAUCUUCGGUUGCUCAAACGAUGCUCUCCAACGUGGAUGUUACAGACGUUCCAGAAUACGACGAGUACUUGAUGAAGGUGAGGGACAGUACGCGCUUCAUAACCAUAUGUACCAACAAUGUUAACUCAUGCAGCUCCAUAAUCGCAGUUUUGAAGACAUUCUUCUUGGCCAUGGUCAUAUAUCCUGACGCGCAGGAGCUUGCGCACAAGGAACUCGACUCCGUGCUACAAGGCGAAAGAUUACCGGACUUCCAUGACAUGCUCUCCCUCCCGUAUACAAUGGCAUUGGUAAAAGAGGUCCAACGAUGGCAUCCCGUCCUUCCAUUAGGCGUCGCGCGUAGGACUACACAAGACGACGUCUACGGCGACUACUUGAUCCCCAAGGGUAGCAUGGUAUUGCCAAACGUUUGGGCAAUGUCUCGGGACACAAAGGAUUAUCCUGACGAUCCGGAUUCUUUCAAUCCUGCGCGAUUCCUUGGCGCAUCCGGGCAGCUCGAUCCUUCCGUACGAGAUCCUGAUUAUGCAUUCGGCUUCGGCCGUCGUAUCUGUGCCGGGCGGCAUAUGGCUUCUGAUUCGAUUUGGAUCAUGAUGGCAUCAAUACUCGCUACCUUCAAGAUAUCUCGACGCAAGGAAGAUGUCGGUGUAUCUCUUGAACGAUAUACUAGCGCCUUCAUUGUGUGA